ACCACCCACAGAAGACUCCGGGACCAGGGUCUUUGAUCCAGACCCGAAGACAUGCUGCUCGGGAAGUGCCUGUCCUCCUGGGCCGAGGCCGGCCGGCCCUCCUAGUCCCCCUGACCCAAGAUACGGGGGCCCUUGCUGAGGGACAGAGCACAGCUCGCAGGCCGCAGUAAAUCGGGAGCGCAAAACCGUGCCCGGCUGAAGCUCGCCCGGGACGGCCUCACACGGAGCACUGCCUGCUAGGGAUGGGACGUGGGCCACGACCGUGAUGCCCACCUUCCCAGUGGCCACGUUAUAAAAGGUGAAAAAAAAACAUGCAGGAAGUCGCCCUCGCCAGGACCUCGUUCCAUGUUCACAGUCAGUGAGUUUCUCCCGCCUGGCCGAGGUCUGCUUGGCAGGCUCACGGGCACCAGACACUCGGAGGGCACCCGCCCGGCCUCGGGGAGCAGCCCGCACCGUGGGACCUUGAGGCAGAGCUGACGCUACCCCCGCACACCCUGGGCAUCUCCCAAAGGCUGAAGGUUCUAGAAGCACGCCCUUAGGAGACAAUGAAUUAUAAAAGAAGGAUGCUGUUACUGAUCUCGUCUACUUUAUUGCUGAUCUUGGUGGACCGUCAUUUCAGGAAGCAAGAAGAACUUCAGCUCUCAGACUGGUUCACACCCAGUAAUCGCUUUGAUGUCAUCACGACCACGGACUGGCUGGCUCCGGUCAUAUGGGACGGGACUUUCGACAGAGAGGCCCUGGAGAAGCAUUACAGAGGGCGGAACAUCACCGUGGGCCUGGCUGUCUUUGCUACCAGCAGGGUCUCAGAGAAGUACGUGAGGACCUUCCUGCUGUCGGCGAACAGGCACUUCAUGCCGGGCCACAGAGUGAUCUUCUACGUCCUGGCGGGCGCCCUCUUCAACCGGCCGGACGUGGUGCUGGGCCCGCGGCGCUCGCUCCGGGUGCUGCCGGUGGGCAGGGAGAGCUGGUGGUUCGACGCGAACCUGGUGCACAUGAGGAGCCUGGGGGAGUACAUCGUGGGCCGCAUCCAGGCCGAGGUGGACUUCCUCUUCAGCAUGACGCCCAACCAGGUGUUCCAGCACGAGUUCGGGGUGGAGGCGCUGGGCGCGUCCGUGGCCCAGCUCCACCCCUGGUGGUACUUCAGAGACGCCAAGGACUUCCCCUACGAGCGGAAGCCCGGCUCGGCGGCCUACAUCCCCUUUGGGCAGGGGGACUUCUACUACGACGGCUCCCUGGUGGGCGGCACGCCCCUCCACGUCCUCAGCUUCAUCGAGAAGUACCUGUACGGGGCCACCCACGACGUCCAGAAGGGGCUCAACAGCACCUACGAAAAGCACCUGAACAAAUACUUCUUCCUGCACAAGCCCACCACGGUGCUGUCGCCCGAGUACAACUGGGACGCCGCCUUCUACCCGCCGGCCCAGGUGCACUACGUGCGGGUGGUGCACCACUCGGGGAGGAAGCUGGACGACCCGCCCGGGUUUCGCGAGGACUGGUAGGCGCGCCCCGGCGGGCGGCGGGGGACGACGCGCCUCCUCACCCUGCGUCUCCCAGAGGCGAGAGAACCCACGCCCUUCCGAAACGCACGCCCCUUCCUCCCGCGGGCCGCGAGCCGCCCAGGCCAGCCAGUGCCGGGCAGAGCGGCAGCGCCCCUGCGCCUGACGCCACUGUGUACACGCCGUGGGCAGCGUGGGGGUACUUCCCGCGUGGAAGGGACUUUAUUUUUUUAUUUAACGUUCACAGCGUGGGAAAGUGCUGAUAUGCGAAGGGGGAAAAUAAAUCUUAGCUCCUCUGCAAACAAA